CCUCGUCCAGUCGCGGUUGAUUCCAAGUCAACCUGCUACUGUUUUCCCGACCGGCCCAGCCCACCCGCCGACCUCCAUCCCCCCCUUCUCCCGGACAGACAACACCCCAACCAUGGACUACCAGAACCGCGCGGGCUCCAAGUUCGGCGGCGGCGGCGUGGCGUCGCAGUCGGCGACCAACGCGGACCGGCGCGAGCGGCUGCGCAAGCUGGCGCUCGAGCACAUCGACCUGGACAAGGACCCGUACAUCUUCAAGAACCACCUCGGCUCCUUCGAGUGCCGCCUCUGCCUGACGGUGCACCAGAACGACGGCUCGUACCUGGCCCACACCCAGGGGCGCAAGCACCAGACCAACCUCGCCCGCCGCGCCGCCCAGGAGAAGCGCGACGUGCGUAGGGACAUCGACCCCCAGACCGGCCUGCCCGUCGGCGUCGUCGGCGCCGGCUUCGGCGCGCUGGGCCUCGGCGGCAACGGCAAGGGCCGCCGACCGGCCGUGAAGAUCGGCAGGCCCGGCUACAAGAUCACAAAGGUGCGCGACCCCGUCACGCGCGCCGAGGGCCUCAUCUUCCAGCUGCAGCUGCCCGAGAUAAGCCGCGACGCCGCCGCCGCCGGCGGUGGCGGCGGCCCCAAGUGGCAGGUCGUCAGCGCCUUCUCGCAGCGCGUCGAGGACCCGGACCGCAACUUCCAGUACCUGCUCGUGGCCGCCGAGCCCUACGAGACGUGCGGCUUCAAGAUCCCGUCGCGCGAGCUCGACCGCCGCGAGGGCCGGACCUUUGAGUACUGGGACCCCGACGCCAAGGAGUACUGGAUCCAGAUCAUGUUCAUGACAGAGCGCGAGGAGCGCUUCAACGCCGCGCCGGGGCUCGUCGGCGGCCCGAGGUGACGAGGUUUUUCUUUUUCUUUUAAAACAUUGGGGGAUAACAGCAAAAAGGAGAAACAAAAAAAACAAAGCACUCGUGCCCGGCAACAUGGAAAAAGUACCCACGGCGGCGUAUUUUGUGCUCUUCGGACACCGACUCAACCGAGAGGCUAGCCAACAUUCAACUUUUCCGCACCCACGCGUCUUGCGACCCACGCGACUGCUCGUCCUCGUUGGGGGAUAGUGAGCUGGGGCCUUGCCACAAAAGGUAUCUUCGCCCGUCGCCGACGCCGCGUAUGGACAUCACUAGACACGUUCCCAUAGGCAUUUUGAGUAAAGUCCGCAUCGAGACUUGAGACACAACUAGAUUAACGAUACCACAAGACCACGCCUCAAAUGCCAUUUUUUGUCAUAUUUGACUGUACAAAAACCAAUAUCACCUGCUUAUAAAAGCUGCUCAGCAGUUCGCAUGCACAGGGCCUUGCCUUCACAUAGAAUCAACCCUCUAUUCCAAGGCGAAUCUCUGCCACAUUACAG